UUUGGGGGAUUUUAGGCAGACGGACCGAUUUCCUGUUAUUCCGUUCCAAUAUGGCUGCGUUCAGAAGGGGUGUGUUUUCUUUCGGUUUGUUUAGGUACACGACGCACUUUCUGUCAAGCGGCAACGGCUCCGCUCGGCAGUGCCUCGCGGGGCUUCCUGCGGCGGUUAGGAAGAACUGGAUUUCUCUGUGCACGGGUGGAGUUCUGUGCGCUGUUCCGUUCACACAGAAACAGCCGGAGGGUCUGUCCCACGAGGCCCUGGUGCGUCGGGCGUCCUCAUUGGUCACGGACAGCGCGAACACGUUCCUCUCCCAGACCACCCUCGCGCUCGUAGACGCCCUCACGCAGUACGUCAAGGCCGCACACGCGCUCGUGACGCUACAGAAGCGCUACGCGGCGUCCGCCACCAGGCUGAGCCCCGCGGAGGAGGAGGCCGUGUGGCAGGUCAUCAUUCGCCAGCGCGCCGAGGUAGCUGAGCGGCGUGAGGAAUGCAAGCGUUUCGAGUCCACUUGGAUGAACGCCAUCAACCUGUGUGAACUGGCGGCUGAGGCGGCGUACAAUGCAGGCGCUGACCAGGCCUCGGUCACCGCCAGGACCAACCUGCAGGUGGCGCAGUCGCACGUGGAGGAGGCUCGACAGCGCUCCCUGGAGGCCGAUCGGAUGCUGACGGAGAGCCAGGCGGAGAAGGCCGAGCGGACCCCCCACGUGGCCUCCACACCUGCCGUGGAGGAGGAGGUUCCGGAAGCUUACCUGCGUGAGGACUGACCUGCUGUGGAAGCACCCUUCCUCCUCCUCCUCCUCCUCCUCAGUGGAGGUCUCUCACACUGAUAGCCCCCCAGGAAACGCCCUCUCCUCUCCUCUCCAAAAACCCAUCCCCUUUACGUUUAACGCUACCUGUGUACGCCCAGCCCACACACUCCCCUCUGUCCCAGCCCAGCAUACCACUUCUACCCCUCUCCCCCUACCUGGGGAUCUACCCGGUUUUUCUUCUCACCUUAAAAUCAAACCUAAGAACCUGGAUGCCUUCACCGUGUAAUCAACUGCCUAAACCCUUUGAAGAGUUGGGGUUUUUUUUUCCCCCUCAAAAUUCUAAGUCAGUGUUCUAGAACUCCAUUGCUUUUGUUUCUCCAGCAGUGAUUGUGACAUCAGCACUGGAACGUUCAGUGAAGAACGUUCUUAUCACGUAUUUGUGAUGGUGCACUCUUAAAGGGUUAAUUGAUCGGUUCGGUGCUAAGUAACAACAAAAACCAGGAAAAUCUGCAGGUCUCCAGGGGUUAGUGGUAAUAUCUCUGACCUGUACCCUCAUGCACCUCCACCCUCUACACACUCAUCCCUCUUUCAUCCCUAACUGCCCUUGGUUGCCUUUGGCAACACCGCAGCAACAUCAGCUGAAAACACUCCCUCUUUUUUUUUACUCACUUUAUGGGCCAAUCGCAAGUUGGGGUGAUUCCAGAAACUUAGACUUGGCAACCUACUUCUCACGCUCACCUGCCCUGCUGGGCAUUUCUGUGAGUUUACAUAACAGGGUUUUUGUCUAAUUUAUGUCCAACUGCAUCUGGAUGCAAAUUUAGGAAAAUUAUGAGCGACGCAUGUCUUAUCAUGUUAUUUAUCGUGUUGGGGGGGGGGGGGGUGUUUAUGCCAAAGGGUAAAAGGAGAAAUGUUAAGACAUAUGACGGCCUAAGGUAGUGAAGACUAUCAUGCACAGGUACUUUGUGUGUAUGUGUGCGUGCGUGCGUGCGUGUGUGAGAGAGAACCUGAGUUUGUAUGUAAAUGCUCAAUGUUGGAACAGAUGUUUAUAUUUGUACAGUCAAAUGCACAACCAAUAAAGACUGGCCUUUUACGUU